UGUAUAUAAAUAUGUAAAAUUAUAGAAGUCAAUUAUUGAGUCCUGAAGGCUGAAGGGUCGCCAAUUGGAAACUCAGAUGCUGUUCCUCCAGCUUUUGCUGAGCCUUCCUGUAACAGGCCUGAAGCAGAAAUGUUGACCAGAGAAUAGGAUGGUGUGUUGACGUGGCAAGCAAUUGGAAGCCUCGGGGAACUGCAGCUUUUCUUUCUGGCAUUCUGCCUUUGUCUCCCUAACUGUAAUUCUUUUCUCUUUGGAUCCAUCUCUGGCUGUCCCUCUGACUCCUUACUCGCUAACCCCGCCCCCUUGUCUUCAGCCUAUGUACCACCUUUUCCUAGAUACCAUCAGUUUUGAAGAAGGGUCAUUGGACUAGAAACAUUGACUCUCCCUUCUCUCCACAGAUGCUGCCGGAGUUUCUCCAGCAAUUAUGCUUUUGUUUCAGAUACCCAGCAUCUUGCAGCUGUUUUGUUUUAUGAAUGAAUCCAGCUGAAGAUCUACGAGAAGGGGGGAAGCGGCUGCAGGCCUCAGGUGGUGACAGCCUAGUUACCGCCGCCAUCUUUAUUGGGAGAAUGUUGCCCCUUGUGACCGCCAUCUUUAUGGGGGCAAAGGGCAAUGGGGCGAAUGCACCUCCCUCCUUUGCCAGGGGAUGGAAGGGGGAGUAUUCACACAGAACAAACUGGAAGCUAAAGAAAUGUUGGUUUCUUCUGAACGUCUGCCGUGAAUCCAAAAUCUCAAAGUAAGACUGCAGCAUGGUUCAAAAAGGCAGCUCAUCACCACCACCUUAUGAAGGGCAACUCAGGAUGGAUAAUAAAUACUGGCCAGCCAGCAAUAACCAGGUCCCAUGUGUGAAUUUAAAAAAAAAAGAAAAUUACACACCUUUCAAUCCUAUUUCAUUUACUGAAACCCUUCCAGAUUUCAGUUUUGAGGAAGAUGUAUUUACUCUUUUGAUGCUUCCUGACCUGCUGAGGAUUUCCAGCAAUUUCUAUUUGUGUUUCUGAGGUGAAAAUACGCCAAGUUGAUAAUGUGAAAAUCUAGUUGGAAGCUUGUCAUGAAUUGAAAACUCCCCCUCCCCCAGGAUGGGAGUCUUCAAGACCGGUGAGCAUGUUUUUAAGGGUACUUAAAGGAGUCCUUUUGCAGUUGGGAAACUGAAACCAAACAUCACAGAGGAUCUGAUGGAUUCACCCAGUAUAUUGUAACCCAAAUAUCACUGGGCUUCAGAUAUGGAAGAAAAAAGCAGCGUUCCCACUGGGGAGAAACCGUACAUGUGCUCUGUGUGUGAACGAGGCUUCAGCCGACCAUCUGACCUGUCGAGGCACAAGUGUGGUCAGACUGGCAUAAAAUGGUGGAAAUGUGGGAACUGCGGGAAAGGAUUUGAUUACCCAUCACAGCUGAAAAGGCACCAGCGCAGUCACAAUGGGGAGAAGCCGUGGAAAUGCACCGACUGUGGGAAGGGAUUCAAUUACCCAUCCGAGCUGGAGAUUCACUGGCGUACUCACACUGGAGAGAAACUGUUUACCUGCUCCCAGUGUGGGAAACGAUUGGCUCACUUACAUAGUCUGCUGAUACACCAGCGCGUUCACACUGGGGAGAGACCGUUCAGCUGCUCUGAGUGUGGGAAGGGAUUCACUACAUCAUCCCACCUGUUGACGCACCAGCGGGUUCACACUGGGGAGACACCUUUUAAAUGCCCGGAUUGUGAUAAGUGCUAUAAAAGUUCCGGGGAACUCAUGUCCCAUCAACGUGUUCAUACUGAUGAAAGACCGUUCAAGUGCUCCCACUGUGGGACAGGGUUCAAGCACUCGUCUCAACGCACUGUACACCAGCGAAUUCACACUGGGGAGAGGCCAUUCACCUGCUCUGAGUGUGGGAAGGGAUUCACUCAGUCAUCUGACUUGUUGAAACACCAGCGGGUUCACACUGAUGAGAAACCUUUUAAGUGUCCAGACUGUGGGAAGUGUUUUAAAAGUCCUGGGGACCUGAUGUCCCAUCAACGUGUUCACACUGAUGAGAGACCGUUCAAGUGCUCUCAGUGUGGGACUGGGUUCAGGCGGUCAUCUGACCUUAUCGUACACCAGCGGGUUCACACUGGAGAGAGGCCAUUUACCUGCUCCGAGUGUGGGAAAGGAUUCGCUCAGUCAUCCCACCUGCUGAUACACCAGCGAGUUCACACUGACAAAAGGCCUUUUCAGUGUCCAGAGUGCAGCAAGUGCUUUAAAAGUUCUGGGGAACUGAUGACCCAUCAACGUGUUCACACUGACAACAGACCUUUUAAAUGCCCAGACUGUGGGAAAUGCUUUAAAAGUUCUGGGGAACUGAUGUCUCAUCAACGUAUCCACACUGACGAGAGACCGUUCAGGUGCUCUCACUGUGCGACUGGGUUCAGGCGAUCAUCUGACCUCAACGAACACCAGCGGGUUCACACUGGGGAAAUGACUGUUCACCUGCUCUGUAUGAAGUGAUUCACUCAGUCAUUCCACCUGCUGAGAUGAGUUCACGAAUAACUACAGUGAUUGGAUUUUGCUGUUAGUCACAUUGAGGACUGAACCAUGUCCAUUGCGGUGUUUCUGUUGACCUUAAUAACCUUAUAGAUAUGAACAUUCUGUAUAAAAGUCAAUAAAUCAGCUUUCUGCUAAACAGCUUUCUGCUGUUUCGAGUCUUAAUAUUUCUAACGCCGGUUCCUUCUUUCUGAGGGAACAUUCCCGUUUCCCCCCGCCCAUCCUCACCUCCAACAAACAGCUUGAACAGCUCAUGGAGCGCCUCUGUCUCCAUCUUCAUGACAAUCUGAUCAGCUGCUGCUUUUGACUGAUCCAGUAGCCCAUUGGGCCAAACUGUCCCUGAAGAUUCCCCCCCGCCUAAGCAUAAACCCACAGUUUUCUUUAGUUUCUCGCCUCUGAGCCCAUUCUGCCUGAGACCCACCUCCAGCUUCAUCAACCUGGCUCGCUCUUAAAUUGCUGAUUGCCCAACUCCCCUAUAUCUGUUGAUAAUGUGAAUACUUAUCUCUCUUUAGGUAUUUCCCUACUCUUCUUCAAACCUCUUAAACGAAUGUUGACCAGCCCGUCCUUGCGAACUGUUGCCCCGCUUCCAAUCUCCUUUUCCUCUCUAAUGUCCUGGAACAUUUCAUCACCCUCCCAAAUCCCAGUCCAUCUUUCCCAGAACUCUGUGACUGAAAUCCGAUUUCUGCCCCUGCCACAGUACUGAAACAGAUCCUGACUAGCUGCAAAUGACAUCCUGCUUGAUUGGGGUAAGCCACUACUCCUCAUCCGUCUUGGCCUGCUUGCAACCUUGGACAAGGAUGACCAUGUCAGCCUGUUCUGAUACCUCUCCACUGUUGUCCAGCUGGGUGGGGCUGCCCUCUCCUGGUUCCGUUCUUCUCUGUCAAAGUUCUACUUGCAAAGUCUUCCCCUCGCACUUCCGCUGUUCCCUCUGGUGUCCCCAGAGGAUUCUGCCUUUGCCUCUGCUUAUUUCUAAUCGACAUGUCCCCAUGACAGCAUCAUCUGAAAACAAUGUCUGUUGUCACAUGGACUCUGACAGCUCCACCUCACCACUCGUCCUACCCCUCUGAUCAGAUUGUUUCUCUUAUAUCCAGUGGUGGAUUAUCCUCAAAUUUCACAUUUGUAGACCGAAGCCGUUGUUUAAAUCCCCUCGCUCCAACUCCAUUCCUCUCCCUGGUAAAUCACCUCUUGACUCCCCAAAACAUGUCCAAAAUCCUCAAGGAAUAUAAUGGAAUUUUCCAUGGUUGCCGAGAUAAGUGGGUGAAUGUAAUGUUAAGGUAGUACUGGACAUGAGUGAGGCUUCAUCUGGUCUCGUGUUAUAGGAAGGGAAUUUAAGCUGGAGAGGAUGCAAUGAGAUAUUGCUGGGAAUGGAGAAUUUGAAUUGUAAGGAAAGGCUGGACAAAC